GACAGUUGUCGCGGGGGAGGGCGAGGGGGAGGGAGUGUAAAUAGAACGAAGGCGGCGCCGCGUCUGCCCGUCACCUUGCGGACGACCCGCGAGGAGCCCUGGAGGGAAAUGGAAGCUGAGCAAGAGCAGCGGCGCAGAAAGGUGGAGGCGGGGAGAGCGAAGCUUGCUCACUUCCGACAGAGAAAAGCAAAAGGUGACUGUGCGCAUUCGAAGAAAAAGACGGCGAAGAGGACGGGCCCGGCUGUCGAUGCGCCUGUCCAGGAGGAGAGCCCGGUAGCUGUCGAGGAUGGUGGACUCGUGGGCGCAGGGGACGCUUGCCAUAGCACAUCGUGCGAUGCCCCCCCUGAGGGGGCAGGAGCGGCUCAGGUGGAGGACUGUGCUGAAGCGAGGACAGAGGACCCAGUGCGGCUACAGAAGCUGGAUACCGACCGCCUGGAGCAGCCCGGGGUGCUCACAGAGGAGUGUGAACGGGUGUGUGCGUCUGCAGGUGCUGAGCCGAUGGGCCGACCGGAGGGCGAGGCUAGUGGGCAGCAACAGGCGAUGGGGGGGCAUCCGCCUCUGUCAGAGGAGCAGCAGGGGCAGCUGCCGGCCCAGCCGGUGGCCGCCCUGGAGCUGGAGGCGCUGCGCCUGAGCCUGAGCAACAUGCACGCAGCGCGGUUGGAGCUGGCACAGACGCACCUGCAGCGGGAGAAGGACAGUGCGCUGGCCGAGCUGCGGGACACGCUCAAUAGCCGGCACGCGCAGGAGCUGGCCUUGCUGCACAGCAGGCAGCAGCUGCAGCUGGAGGAGCUGGCGCGGCGAUGCCACUGGGAGACAGCUGAGCUGAAGGAGAAGUUACAAUCAGAAAUGGAGAAAAAUGUCCAGAUCACAGAAACCCUGAAGCGAGACUGGGAAUCUGAGAGAGAGUUAUGCUUAGAGAACCUACGCCAAGAGUUAUCUGCAAAGCACCAGGCAGAACUGGAGAAUUUACGGAGCCAGUUUAAGAGGGAGUCGGCGGAACUCAGAGCUGGGCUGGAGAAGACGUCUCAAGCCAAAAAUCAGGCUGAACUGUCCCUGCAGAGCCUGCAGGCGCAGCAUGAGGCCACUGUGAAGAGGCUGCAGGAGGAGCUGGGGACCCAGCGCUGCCGGCACACAGAGGACCCGGAGCCGGCGGACAGACAGCUGCAGAGCCUUGAGUCACACGAAGAGUUGAACGCUGAGUCACAAGAGGGACCCCAGCACCUGUGGUCCCAGCUCGAGCCCACAAGGACCGACCGGCAGGAGCCAAGUGAACUGUACGAGCAGCAGCUGGCCCAAGCACCUGACGUGGAGGGCCUGACACCAUCACAGCAGCGGCUGCAGGAAGGGAGGGAAGACGGUCUGCUGGAGUCUGAGGAAACGAGUGCACGCAGCAUGGGGUUAGAAGAGAUGCCUGAGAAGGAAUGGAGAGACCGCCUCCAUCCACUCAGCCUGCAGCAGGAGCCACGUGAGAGGUCCAAGGUCAAGGUGCCACAGGGCUGGUUUUUGAGGUUGGAUAUCUUGUUACUUGUACCUGAGCAUUCUUUCAUGAUUUGCUGUCUGCUGCUCCUUUUCUCUGAGGUUCAGCUAUCCCCAUCCUGCUUGAGACUGGACGUGGCUGUGGUUACUUCCACGUGGCAGGUGGCCCCAGGGGCUGGAAUUGCCAGCCUGCGUGUACUCACACAACUGGAAGAAAGCCGCCAGUGCCAAGGGGCAGCCCAGCGGGAGGCAGACGUCAUGGAGACCCAGGUGUUGGAGCAGCUCCCGGGGCCCUCGGAAAGGCCUGGCCAAGAGCUCGCUCGCAUGUCUUGCCAGGCUGCGCUGGACACGGCGGAGGGAGUGGAGACAGCCGUGGCGUCCAGAGUGCUGGGUUUGGAAGCCGAGCACAAGGUCAAACUCUCGCUGCUGCAGACGGAGCUCAAGGAAGAGAUUGAUCUGCUAAACACUGAAAAAAGAGAUUUACUCGAGCAGCUGCAGCAGGAAAUCCGCCUGAAAGAGGACUUGGAGAAAGCGAAACAUGACUUAGUGGAGUGUCAUCAAGAAGAACUGGGAAAAGCUAAGGAGCAGGUUCAGCUAAUGGAACAAGAAUUGAGAGAGAGAGAAGCAGAGUGGAAGGUCACCAGUGCGGCCCUGAAGAGAGAAGCGGAGGAGCGGCUGGCGCGGACGCUCCUGGACCUGACCCAGCAGGCAGCGUCGGGCCGGCAGUCGCUGCUCAGCGAGUUUGAGCUCCGGGAAACCGAAAUGAGGCAACUGCAGGACCAGCAGGCAGCCCAGAUCCGGGACCUGGAGGCUUCGCUGGUGGAGCAGCAGGGCCGCCUGCGGCAGCUGGAGAUGGAGCUCACGGGGGACAAGUGUCCACAGUGUGGCCGGGAGCCGGGUGACGGUGUGGCCCCCGCAGGCCAGGCCUGGGAGCUGACUGCAGCCCGCCUGAAGGAGGACUGUGCGCUCCAGCUGACGCUGGCCCAGAACAGGCUUUUGGAGCAGCGUAGAGAAAUCACCGAGAAAUUGACUGCUGAACGAGACGCCUUGCUGCGGGAGGCCCAGGAGAGGCACGCAGGCGAGCUGCGGCUGCUCCAGGACAGACACCAGCAGCACCUCGUGUCCCUGAGUGCGGAGCUGCAGGCGCAGCACCAGGCCGACACUGCGGAGCUGCGGGCUGCGCUCGAGAGGCGGCACUGGGCCCUUUCGGGAGCACGAGCGGCCGAGUUGCAGAUGGCACAUGCUGCGGAAGUCCGCGCUCUGGAGGUGAGGUGCCAGUCAGGCCUGGAGGCUGCGGACGCUCGUCCCCUGUCUGAAGUAGAGGCCCUUCGCGGCGAGCACAGGCGGGCCCUGGAGCUGCUCAACCACCAGGCUCCUGAGCACGCGGCUCUGACUUCGGGGCUGGAGGGAUUUGAGUGGGAACGUGACACCGAGCUUCAGUCUGCAGAGGGCCACGGGGGUGCUGAGCCGGGCACCAAGUGCCCCGAGAGCCUGCGGGUCCCCGUAGCCAGGCCUGGCAGGGCUCAGCAGGGUGAACCUGACAGUGAACAGAAAGCUGCUGUGUGUGACCACGAGAAGAUGCGUAGUCUGGCGUGUGAACAGCCCCUUCAGCAACGGGAGACAGAGGCUCUGCGCCUGCAGCUCCAAGCAAGCGAGGACCAGGUGCUGCAGCUGAAGGACCAGGUUUUAUCCUUAAGCUGCGAGCUGGAGGAGCUACAGCAGAGACGCGACCGGGAGAACCAGGAGGGUGCAAACCUCAUCGCGAUGCUCAAGUCCGACACGGCCCUGUCUGUCAGCCAGAGGACAGCUCUCCAGGAUGCUCUGAGGAGGCUGCUGGGCCUGUUUGGAGAGACGCUGAAGGCUGCCACUGCCCUGAAGAGCCGGAUCAGCGAGCGCGUGGGGCUCAGCCUAGCCCCGUCCACAGUGCCAGCUCUGGAGGAGACGUGGCCCGGGUGUGAUGGGGCCGUGCCGGAGUUGGACGGGACUCUGCCUGAGAGCAUGGAGACGUCUUCCGAGGCCGAGAUCAGCAGCCACCUGUGUGAGAGCUUCUUCUUGAGCCCAGAAAGUACACUGGAGUGCGAGCAACCCGUCAGGAGGGUCUACCAGAGCCUCGCCCUGGCAGUGGACAGCCUCCUGGAGAUGGUUCUGGACUCUAGCAGGCAGCUGGAGGAAGCACAUCAAAUUCAUGAUCGUUUUGAGAAAGAAUUUAGCUGUAAGAGCGAGGAGAUGGUGCAGGUCGGGAGAAAACACCAGGAAUUACUGCAACGCCUGGAGGACGAGAACGUGGCCCAGGCGCGGCUGACACUGGAGCUGCACAAGGCCGAGGGCAUCAUCGAGGGGUUCAAGGUGGAGAAGGCCAGCCUGCAGGAGGUGCUGAACCAGAAGGAAACAGCCGAACGGGACCUCGUGGUCGAGCUGGAGAGCCUGAGGCAGCAGCUCCAGCAGGUGACCCGGCAGCUGGCAGAGCUGGAGGAGGAGAAGGCCGUCCUAGUGCGCCAGAAGGAGGCGGCCGCUGCCGAAGCACAGGAGCGGGAAGCCGCUCUUCGGAGGGAAGUGGAGGACAUGAGCAGGGAGCAGGCGGAGAGCCGGAAGCAGGUCGAGCAAGACCGCCGUGCCCUGCGCACUCAGACGGAGGCUCUGGAGGCCGAGCUGCAGGAGCAGCUGUCACGGCAGCGGGCGUGUGCUGAGCAGGCCGGGGAGCUGUGCGCCCUGCGGCAGCAGCUGACGAGUCUGGACAAGCAGCUGCGCAGCCAGCGACACUUCAUGGACGAGCAGGCUGUGGAGCGGGAGCAGGAGCGUGAGGAGUUCCAGCAAGAGAUUCAGAGGCUGGAGGAGCAGCUGCGGCAGGCGGCCCGGCCGCGGCCCUGGGGCCCCUCUGACGGCGACCAGGCGCAGCGAGACGAGCAGGUUGAAUUAUUACAGGAAAAAUUGAGAGAAAAAUCAGGUGAACUUGAUGAAUUGGUUAUAAAGAAAGAAUUAGCAGAAAGACAAGUGUUGAUCCAGGAGGAGGAAAUUAAGCAUCUCGAAGAAACAAAUGCCAGCAUUACGAGGCACGUGACCCAGCUCCAGGAGGAGCUGGAGGGACUAAGGGGAGCCAUGCGAGAGCUGCAGCAGGAUAAGGAGGCCUUACAGGAACAGCAAAUGAAUAGCUUGCUCCUGGCGUCCAUGCUGCAGUCUAAGCGAGAUGAGGGCCGACGCCCCUGGCUGCUUACGGGCUGCCUGCCCGAGGGUCCAGAAGUCCAGUUAGAGGCUGUGCAGAGGGCACUCCUGCCACGGGACAGCGAGGCGUGUCUGCAAAACAACAAGAAGGAGAUAAUGUGUGUGAGCGAGCAGUUGGCUGAGAUGGGAAGUGGCUCUGUCAGCGUCAGCGAGGCUGUGCAUAGCACCAGCUCAGAAGUCAAGGAGCUGAAAUCAAUAAUCGAGACUCUGCAGGAGAACCAGGAGCGGCUGCAGAAGGAUAAGGCCGAGGAAGUUGAGCGACUGCACGAGGUCAUCGAGAGGCUGCAGAGGGAGCUGUCCCUCGGAGGGCCCGCGGAGCGGGAGCACAGUCCCGGAGCAGCCCAGGACCUCCAGAGUGAGCUGGAGCGUGGGCUGCCGUGCCCGCAGGUGGGCGGAACCGAGGCCCAGGCCACUCUGCAGGCCGAGCUGCACGCUGCGCUCGCGGCUAGGGAGGCCCUCAGCCGGAUGCUGGCGGAGCAGGAGCGCCGACACGGCCAGGCCCAGGAGGCCCUGCAGCAGCGCCUGCGCGGUGCGGAGGAGGCGGCCGCGAGGCAGCUGGCCCAGCCGGAGCCUGGCACGGCCUCCCGCACCCAAGAGCUGGAGGCUGCCCUGAAAGCAAAGGACGCGGCGAUCGCCCAGAGGGACUUGGAAAUCGAGGCUCUGCACAGAGGGACGUCCGCCCACCGCGCCGAGCUGCAGGCCGUGCGGGUGGCCGUCGCCCACCUCCGCCGCGCGCUGGAGCGUCAGCCCCCGGGCGCCGCGCACGAGCCCCCUGAGCUGCAGCGGCUGCGUGAUAAGGAGAAACUGCUGGAAGAUUGUAAGCUGAGGAAAGUUGACCUCCUAACUCAGGUGAAACAACUUCAAGAAAAACUGAACCGUCUGGUAUAUUCUAUGACCUUCCAGAACAUCGAGACAGAGGAUUUCAAAUCUCAACAGCCACUGGCGUUUUCUGAUCUUUUAGAAAACAGUUCGAGUGAUAGUUCCAAUGACGGUGAAGAACCUGACAAAUUGCCUCCUAUGGAAGCAUUUACUAUCAAUGAAACCACAUGGGAUUUAGUUGAUGUUAUUGGAAAUCAGGAUUCAUGGAUAAGAAAUGAAAAACCAAAUGUCCCCAUGGAAGAGAAGGUAGAUUUCCAGGAUGGGUCACUGGGGAGCCUGCACAGUAGCUGCAGUGACCUAACCCCCAGCGAGGGGGCUGAGCCCUUGAGGAACGCACUCAGCGCCAUGGACGUGUCCUGGAGCUCCCCCGAGGUCAUCAGGAAGGACUCGACCCUCGAGCCUCUGUCCAGCCUGCCCCUGACGCCCUGCUUGGAUGCCUCCUUGAGCGACAAGACGGGCACCUCGCUGCUCCAGGCCGACCAGCCGGGGCUGCUGUGCUCCCUGGCCGGGUCAGCAGCAGCACAGGCCCCUUGCUGGGCCGAGUCCCUGUCCGCUGCGGACAGGACUCCCUCUGCUGACUCCCACGUGCAACGGACAACUGUGGAGAAAGAUGUUGAGGAUUUUAUCACAACGUCUCUUGAUUCUCAAGAAAAGUCAAGAUCACCUCCUCUUGGGUUAGAAGGAAAAAGUGAUGGAAGUGAAAAAAGUGAUGGCGCUGGAGCAGAGAGACUAACCCAGAGCCCGGGAGGAUGGGAAGCUCCCACUGCUAGUCCAGCAGCGCCCCCUCCUGCCUCGCGGAGCCGACGACCGCUGGAAGCCAUGAAGGAGAAGGUGGUCCCUGCGAAACACGUGGAGGCUCUGCUGCAGAUGGUGUGUGACGAGAGCCGCCACAUCCUGGCCCUGUCUGAGUACCAUGGACCCCUCAGUGCACUGGGCACUGGCGAGCCAGGCCCCCCCCUCGAGGGCGUCCUGUGGGGGGGCCAGGGCCUGUUGGAGGCAGUGCCAGCACCGCAAAAGGGAGAGAAGGACCCCUCCGGCACGCGCCUCGACCAGAGAGGAGAGCUCCUACAGGUCAUCCAGGAGGCCUUUGCAAAGGAGCAGGACGGCUCUGGCCCCGGGGCCCUCCUGUCGCAGCGGCUGGAGCAGGAGAAGUCGUCGGAGCUCCUGCGUCUGUCCGACAGGAGCAGCUUGCUAUGCGAGAUCCAGGCCCUGCGAGCCCAGCUGCGGCUGACGCACCUGCAGAACCAGGAGAAACUGCAGCAGCUGUGCGCGGCACUGACCAGCGCGGAGGCCCGUGGGAGCCGGCGUGAGCACCAGCUGCGCAGGCAGGUUGAGUUACUGGCCUAUAAAGUUGAGCAGGAAAAAUGUAUAGCGAGUGAUCUCCAGAAAACCCUCAGUGAAGAGCAGGAGAAAGCCAGUGACGUCCGGAAGCUGCUGCUGGUAGAAGAGCAGGCUGUCAGAGCUCUGAAGUCGGAGCUCUGCGAGUGUAAGCAGGACAACGACAGGCUGCUGGAGUCCCUGAGCAACGUGCAGCGGGAGGUCCUGCAGCUGAGGUCUGUGCUGGAUGGCAAGGAGGAGGACUUGAGGGCCGCGCUGCAAGAGCUGGAGAGCGCGCGGGGGGAGGAGCAAGCCCUGCAGGGCCGGCUGGAGCAGGAGCGGCUGCAGCGCUUGCAAGCGGAGGCCCAGAGCGCCCAGGCCCUGGGGGAGCUGAGAGUGUCUUUGGAGAAGCAGUGUGCUCAGAACAAUCGACUCUGUGUUGCAUUGAAACAUGAGCAGACAGCAAAGGACAACCUCCAGCGGGAACUGCAGAUUGAGGCCUCGCGCUGCGAGGCACUGCUGGCUCAGGAGCGCGGCCGGUUGUCCGAGCUGCGCAGGCACCUGGAGGCCGAGCAGGGCCGCUCGCUGGAGCUGUCCGAGGCCUUGCAGCAUGAGCGCCUCCUGACUGAGCGGCUCAGCCGGAGGGUACAGGCACCCCCGGGGCAGCACGCCAUGCCGCGCAAGCCAAAGGAUGAGAGGGCCCGUGUGGCCGAGCUGCAGGCUGCCCAGCAGCAGCCGGAGGUGGAGGCACAGGGGCACUUCCAGGAGCUCGAGAGGGAGAAGGAGGUAAGUGCCCCACCGAGGGCUACCGUGCAGGCCCUGCAGAGCCCCCGACCAGAGCUGAGCUGCAAUCAGGAGACAGAGGGGGAGACGCCCGCGUGGCCACAGGCCAAGGUAGAGCAGUUACACACAAGGCUGGCAGAGCAAGGACGCCAGGAAACACGGAGGAGAGUGGGGACGAGGCAGAGCCGGGCAGACGUGGACAAGUGGAGGAAGUGGCAGAGAGACAAGGAGAGACUGGUGAGAGCCACCCUCGAAAUGCGCCUGCAUUUUGACAGGACAAUUAGUGACUGGACGUCAUCCAACGAGAAAGCAGUGACGUCUUUACUGCGGACGCUGGAGGAGCUCAAGUGCGAGCUGAGCGCGCCCAGCUGCUCCCAGAAAAACAUGACGACGCAGCGACAGGAGCAGCUGGUGGGUGCCCUGCUGAGGGACAACGACUCUCUCAGGAAGACCCUCAGCGCCAUGACCCGGGAGAAGGCGGGGCUGUGCCGGGCCGCAACCCGGCUGGAGAGGACACUGGCCCAGCACCUGCUGAAGGGCUGCACACUCAGCAGGUCGGACAGGUCAGCCGGGAAGCGGGACAGGAAGGUCCUGCAGGGCUCACCGGGACUCCCAGACCCAGGACUGCCCACACCAGCCGCCAGGGAGGAGGUGGACACCAGCACCGUUAAGAUGGAAAAAUUGUACCUGCGUUAUUUGAGAGCCGAGAGCUUUAGAAAAGCUCUGAUUUAUCAAAAGAAGUAUCUUUUAUUGUUGAUUGGUGGGUUCCAGGACUCCGAACAGGAAACACUCUCCAUGAUCGCUCAUUUAGGGGUGUUUCCGUCCAAAGCAGACAAGAAAAUUGCCCCAUCCCGUCCUUUCACCAAGUUCCGGACUGCUGUCAGGGUGGUGAUUGCGAUAUCCAGAUUACGUUUUUUGGUUAGGAAAUGGCAAGAAGUUGAUCGGAAAGGAGCUUUGGUGCCUAGCCGGGUGCCCCACCCAGGAUUCCCCGUGCCACAGGAACAGCAGCCUCCACCCAAAACCAGUGAAUCCCCGCCAACCCGGGACGUGUCCUCCGGCCACACUCAGGACCCUGUGCCAAAAGCCUCCCCACGUCGGAGAGAAAGAUCCAGUCCAUCCCCAAAUUCGAGAUCAGAAAGACCCCAGACUGCUUCUGAAGAUCCGGAACGUUCCCUGACGGAAUAUAUUCACCACUUAGAAAUGAUCCAGCAGAGACUGGGGGGGGUGCCUCCAGAUCCCACUUCCAAGAAAUCCUGCCGCCAGAAGACUAAACAGUGAAUAAAAUCUCCCUGGCUCUUACCUGUGACAGUUCUGUCUGAGGAAAACAUUUGUUCUUCCUUCGUCUACGGAAAGCUGUGGCCCGCCAUGCUGAGCGGUGCCCAGUGUCCUCAUGUGCCCGAGACGCCAGUCCGAGUGCCACGACCGCAGUGUUCUCACGCUGGUGCAUUGCUGCAAAGCCAGAUGGAGUAUUUCCUGUGUAAUCGCAGUACCUUACGUAGUCCCUGUCAUCCCCUUACCUUCACAAGGGACGGGCAUCUGCCCACCUCCCAGAAGGGUAGGUAAGCAGAGAACGGCUCCCUGUUUGUUUUCCUAAAGUAUACAGAUGAAACUUGGUGUAAAACAAAAUGACAGAAUAUAAUUAAAGCUCUAUUUUAUUUGUGAGUA